UUCUGGUUUGCAGAGAUCAUCGACUAACACGACCAGUCUGGGUAUGAGUGAAUACGCAUUUGCUGAUAUCAACAAUUUGGAGCACUGCGCCAAGUAUCUGAACCAAACCCUAGUCACCUUUGGCUUCCCGGCUUCUCUCGAUCUAUUCGCCAAUGAUCCCGUUUCAAUUGCAAGGACUUGCAAUUGUGUAUACGCGUUGUUGCAGCAGAGACAAAGAGAUAUCGAGUUCAGGGAGUCUGCCAAUGAGCAGAGACAACGACUCUUAUCAGACAUUUCAAGGUUGGAGGCCAAAGUGGAGAGGCUGGAAGCUCAGUUAUCAACCAAAGAACGAGAGAUAGCAACAAUGACUAGAACGGAAGCUAAAGCUACAGCAGCUUUGAAAGCCCAAAUAGAUAAGUUGCAGCAGGAGCGAGAUGAAUUUCAAAGGAUGGUUUUGGGUAAUCAGCAAGUGAGAACUCAACAGAUACAUGAGAUGAAGAAAAAAGAAAAAGAGUACAUAAAGUUGCAGGAGAAGCUAAAUCAAGUAAUGAUGGAAAAAAAGAAGGAAUCUAGAUCGGGCAUGGAAAUUAUGAAUCUACUACAGAAAGAAGGGCGGCAGCGUGGGACAUGGAAUGGGAAGAAGGCUGACAAUGACUUCUAUAAAAAGAUUGUGGAUGCUUAUGAAGUGAAAAACCAAGAACUGGUGGCUGAGAAUGCAGAUUUAAGGGCAUUGCUACGUUCAAUGCAGGUAAUAUGAAAGCUUUAUGAAUGGAAAUACUGUGUAAUAUGUCAUAACCAGUGGACAUUUCUUUUCAGAUAUUUAUAUUUUCUUAUUUUAAUUUAUACAAAUACAAAGAAUCAGGCUUGCACUUGCUUUUCUUACUAUAUACAACCUGGCAAAGGAAUAGUAUUGAGGUUUUGUUUAUGCAAA